AUGCAUUAAUUGGACAUCGAAAAUAAUCAUUAAAACUAUUUAUUAGAACUACAAUAUGCAAGGGCAAGGUAACGAUAGAGAAGAAGAAGGAUUAUCUUAAUUGUAUUUGCUUUCAUGUCUGUCUUUUAUGUAUUCAUUCAACCAAAUUAAUAUGCUGAUAAAUCAAAUCAAAUUCCAUAUUCUUAAAAUAAUGGCACAAAUGGAGCCAUCAAUAUCACGGAGACCAAUUCAACUUUAGUUCAAAUCCAACAGCAUUUUUAAAUCUUAGAAAAGCUGCUAAUCUCUUAAUUUUAAGGAAAAUGGACAGAUUCUUAAAAUUUAUCUAAUAACUUAGCAGAAGCCACUUUUUAUAAAACUUCCUAUUAAAAUCGCUUUCAAAUUCAACUACAAUUAAAACUCAUUGAAGGUUAAUUUCUAGAAGAUUACUAUAACCAAUUCUCAUUUUAUUUAAAUUCUUCGUAGUUAGUUUAUCCAUUUGAAGAUAAGAAAUUAGUUUUUGAGAAUGUUAGAGGGUCUUACAGAAGAUCUAGUGUUUUUGAAAAAGAUCAAUCUAGCAUUGAAAUCUAUGCGAAUUUGACAAUGAAUUUAGAUAAUUUUGAUACUGAAAGUGAGACCAUAGAUGAUAUUACAUUAGACUUGAAUGCACAUUAUAAAUUAUACUCAGAUACAUUUUCAUUCAGUUGUAAUCUUGGGGUUAUAAAUGUAAAAAUUUAUGUUUAUAUUAAGAUAGAUAAUAAAGCAAUAAUUUAUUCCACGAUCGUUUCUGUUCUAAGUGUGAUUCAAUUUAUCAGUUGUCUAAGAUUGAUGAGAGACUUAAUCAAUUAAAAUAGGAUUGCCACUUAAUUCAGUCUAUUUAUUUUUGUUUUUCUUAUGAUCUUUGAUGGAUACUUAGGAAUUGUUCAUUUCUUUCUUGCAUUAAAAAGUGAAGUAUUAAAUUUAAUUAUUACUUUAUUUAGUAUUUUCUAACACCUGCCUUCCUUGAAUUAGUAUUGUUCUUCUUCUUGGAAUUAAAACUGGCUAAACACAUUUGGCAAGAAAGGUUCAUCAAUUUAGAAGACAACCUAAAUUUAAGAAGAGAGCUCUACAGAUUUCAUCUUAAAUUUUACUUGCUUGCCAUUAUGUUAGUACUACUACUCUACUAUUUUGUUUACUAUAAUAUUUUCUUGAUUGCAAUGAACCUAUAUUUAAUUCCUUAAAUAAUUCAUGUGGCAUAUCAAGGACAAUAUGUAGAAUUUGAUAAAAUAUUUGUUUUCGGCCUAUUGUCAACCAGAUUAUUCAUACCUGUAAUAUACAGCUAAUCAUUUAGAUUUAUUUCAGAGGUUGUCCCUACAAUAUUCUCCAUGCAAAGGUGUCUUAUUUAUCAGUCACUAUUAUUCUUCUCUUAUUUGUUGCUCAGGCAGUCCUGUACUAUUAUCAAUGUAAAAUUGGACCCAGAUUCUUUAUACCCAAAUGUCUCAGACCUAAAACUCAUGAAUACUUCAUUGAAUAACCCAUAGAGGGAGAUUGUGCCAUCUGUAUCACUUAAUUAACUGACAUUCCUACUGAAUCUUAAUCAGAGAAUAAAUUUAUUGCUCAAAUCAUUAGUUAGAAUUAACACAAACUUAUGGAAACACCUUGUGUAUUAAUUAGUUGCUAAUUUAGGGUCAUCAUUUUCAUUCAAUUUGCUUAACUAAAUGGAUGAAUGUCAAAUUAAAUUGUCCAACUUGUCGUUCUGUACUUCCACCAUUAAUUUGA